AUGAACACCCUGAUCGUGGAGCUACAGCCACCUACCAUGCACCCAGCCAACAACAGCUCCACACCACAGCCAAGUCCGGAGACACCACAAUUGAACAAACCUCGCAAGCACAAGGCCCAGCACUUGCCAAAGACCAACAAAAGGGUGCAGGGACCUUCCUUAUCGGAACAAAAAAUUGACUUUCUGCUCCAGCACAUCAGCGGCAUCGGGUGA